CACAGAUUGACCACUGUAUGCAGGCAUGAGAUUGUAGGUAUGGUCACCGAAGUAGGCACCAAAGUGACAAAAUUUAAAGUUGGGGACAAAGUGGGUGUUGGGUGUAUGGUCGGAUCAUGUCGCUCUUGUGCACAUUGAAAGAGGAUCUUGACCUAUGGUGCAAAGUACUAUGAUGGAACCAUCACCCAUGGUGGCUACUCAGACAUCAUGGUAUACGAGCACUUUGUGAUCAAAAUCCCCGACAAUUUGCCUCUUGAGGGUAGUGCUCCUCUCCUUCGUGGGAUCUUUGUCUACAGUCCAUUGAAGUACUACGAGCUUGAUAAGGCCGGAAUGCAUUUAGGGGUUGUUGGGCUUGGUGGGCUCGGGCAUAUGGCUGUAAAGUUUGCUAAGGCCAUGGGUCUCAAAGUGACCGUCAUCAGUACCUCACCUAAUAAAAAGAAGGAAGCCAUGGACCAUUUGGGAGCUGAUGCAUUCUUGGUUAGCCGUAACACGAAGAGAUGGAAGUAGCUUGCAAUGGGUACAAUGGAUGGUAUCAUUGACACAGUCUCAGCUGUACAUGCUCUUUUGCCUUUGAUCGGUCUCUUGAAAGUUAAUGGAAAGCUCGUCAUGGUUGGUGCACCGGAGAAGCCACUAGAGCUACUUGCUUUUCCACUCCUCAUGGGUAGAAAGAUGGUGGGAGGAAGUGGCAUUGGAGGGAUAAAAGAGACGCAAGAGAUGAUUGAUUUUGCAGCAAAGCACAACAUAGUCGCGGAUAUUGAGCUUAUUCCCAUGGAUUAUGUGAACACUGCCAUGGAGCGUCUAUCAAAAGCAGAUGUUAAGUACCGAUUUGUCAUUGACAUCAUCAAUUCAUUGAAGCCUUCUUGAUGAUGAUUUUGAUGGAUUACUACUUGGCUGAGCGUGGAUGAAGAUUAGCCUUUGCUUACAUUGUUAUCUCAAAAUCAUGUUUUACAACUAAGAUUUUGCUUCUACUUAGUAUGGUGAUAUUACUUCGUUGUUCCUUCCAGAAUAAGGUCAACUUUCUGUAUUGAUAGCAACCUUGUUUCAAGUUGUUAUCCUAAAAAAGUAUGCAAUUUACAUAAUCACAAGAGUUUCUUUA